AUGCCCGACGCUACCAUGCUCGCCGGCGGACGCCCCUUCACGCCCCUCCCGACCCAACCCAGCUUCAUCACCCUCUCCCCCGAAGAAAAGGCCGCAGGCAAAUGGUCGCGCGCCAACAUGCAGCGCGCCAUCGAGAUCCUCCACCGGGACGGCUUGCUCGCCAUCAGCGGUGCCGUCGACCUCGAGCAUGUCAAGGCCUUGCAAGAAUCGAUGACUGCUACUUCGAAGCAGAUCAAGGGCUCCCUCAAGCAUCUCUCGCAGUACAAUCACGGCAUCGACACCAACUUCCUCAUGUCUGCGCCUCUCGCCGACCCCGCCUUGCGCUUCGAAGACGUCUUCUCGAACGAGUUUGUGAUCGCCGUCCUCGAGAACUACCUCGGUCCUGGGAUCAAGCUCAACUUGCUCACCGCCAACUGUGCACUGGCUAAUACGAACAAGCGGCAGAACGUGCACAAGGAUGCGCCCUGGCUGCACCCGAACUGCCCGUAUCUUGUCAACACCAACCUCGCUCUGAGCGACUUCACCCCCGAAAACGGCAGCACCGAAUUCUGGCUCGGCUCUCACGUCUGUUCGACAGGACACGAGCAAGUGUGGCUCUCGCACAACGCCGAGACGCCUAUCUGCGACGUCGCGCCCGAUGCGGUUGAGGAGAGGAGGAAGGUCAGGCCUGGAGCGCAGAUUACGGUACCGAUGGGGACGAUCACGUUGAGGGAUAUGCGGACUUGGCAUGCUGGCAUGCCCAACUCGACGAACGAGGACCGGAUCAUGACGGCUGUCGGAUACGCCGCGAGCUGGUACCCCGAGCCAGAAAGCCGGAUGAAGGCUCCUCUCUCCGCCGAAGAGCUUCUCACGAAGCGGACAGACCACCAACUCGAGUUCAUCCCCGACGAAGAGUGGCUCGCAAUCGCGCAGGACUGGGACCUCGCGAGCGAGGCGUCGAUCAAGCUGCCGGACGUCGUUGGGCACCGCAAGUCUUCGAAGGUGCCGGCGGGUGAGCGGGAGUGGGCGCCGCUCAAUCACGUCGCGGACGAGGAGAAGUUCGUGCGAGGGAAGUGA